GCAUGGGUUUCGAAUCGGCGGUCGACCUGCCGUUGACAGACGAGGAGGAUGAGCCAGAAGAGGAGGCCGAAGGCGGCAGAGAGGCCGCCCCUUCGGUGCCUCCCAAAAAGAGCGUGGACUUCGAUGUGCCGGAGCCACGAAGCAGCGCUCCGUCCAAGGCGGCGCGCAAAGGUACCGGCUUCGUAUUGACAUCCGACCUACCGUUGACGGAUGAGGAGGAUGAGCCGGAUGAGGCCGAAGGCGGCAAUGAGGCCGCACCUUCCGUGCCUCCCAAAAAGAGCGUGGACUUCGAUGCCGCCGGUGCCGGAGCCACGAAGCAGCGCUCCGUCCAAGGCACGGGCUUCGUAUUGACGGCGGACCUACCGUUGACGGACGAGGAGGACGAGGAGGAUGAGAAGGUUCCUUCCAAGCCUGCAAAGAAGAACGUGGACUUCAGCGCGGCAGCGAGCUUGGUGGUGCCGGAGCCACAAGGGGCUGCUCCGUCCAAGGCGACCCGUAAAGGCACGGGCUUCGUAUUGGCAGCCGACUUGCCGUUGACGGACGAGGAAGAUGAGCUGGAUGAGGCGGAAGGCAGCGGAGCAGUUCCUUCAGCCCCCAAGAAGAACGUGGGUUUCAGCGCGGUGCCGGAGCCACGGAGCACUGCUCCGUCGAAAGCAGCCCGCAAAGGCACGGGCUUCGUGCUGACAGCGGACCUGCCCUUGACCGACGAGGAAGAUGAGGAGGUGCAGCUUGCCCCGAAGCCUGUCCAGAAAAAUGUGGACUUCAGUGCAGUGCCGGAGCCGCGAAAUGCGUCUCCGCUCAAGGCGGCGCGCAAAGGCACAGGCUUCGUGUUGGCGGCCGACUUGCCUAUGUCUGAUGACGAGGACGAGGACGAGGUGCCUUCCAGUUCGCACUCCCAGCCAUCCCGACGCAACAUCGGCUUCACCGAGGACGUCCGAGCCCAGGCGCCGUCGGAUGGUGGCGGCAAGGCGGCACGGAAAGGCACGGGCUUCGUUAGUCCCGCGGACUUGCCGUCAGACGACGAGGAGGAAGACCAGGAGGCGCUUGAGGGCAGCGGUGAAGGCAGCUGA